UCCUCGCGCCGCGCAUCACACGCAGGAGCGUCUAUGGGGCAGAGAGAGCGGGCGGGAGACGAACCAACCGAACCUGGCGCGGACUGUAGCAGGAGACACGGGGUGAGAGAGGGUAACCUGCAUGUGUCGUCUUUGCGGUGUGUCUGAGCGCGGUUCCCGGGGCGUGCUUCUCCGAUUAUCCCAUCCAUCCAUGCUCCAUUCGAGCAUUUAAGGAGGACGCGCACGUACUCAGGGAGGGGAGGGAAGCCCACUGGUCUCCCUACAGACUCCAGCGCCAGGCUGAGUCACUAUCUAGGAGUGGGAAGAUCUAGAGAGACAGAGGGAGACGGCAUCACCGAGAGCACAAGAGAGAAAAGCAACGGGAGGAGGGGAAAACCGCUACACAACGCCUUUGAGAGCGAAGCGAGAGAGAGAGGCAGCCAACGAGAACAACGUAAAGAGAGAGAGACAGAGCGCAGCAGUGAGGGAGGGAGAGAGACGCUGAGGCUGGGAGAGCUGACCCCCCUCCCUUCUCCUCUCCUCUCCUCCUUCCCCCCCCUCCUCACUCCUUCAGGAGCUGGUGUGUAGGAGCGGCGAGUACAGUGUGACUGAGGCAACAUGAGCGAUGUCACCAUCGUUAAGGAAGGCUGGGUCCAGAAGAGAGGUGAAUAUAUUAAGAAUUGGAGACCUCGCUACUUCCUGCUAAAAACCGAUGGGUCCUUUAUUGGAUACAAGGAGAAGCCACAGGAUGCAGAUCUUCCCUACCCUCUCAAUAACUUCUCUGUUGCAAAAUGCCAGCUGAUGAAAACUGAACGACCAAAGCCCAACACUUUUAUUAUUAGAUGUCUACAAUGGACUACUGUCAUAGAGAGGACCUUCCAUGUGGACACGCCAGAAGAGAGGGAUGAGUGGGCAGAGGCGAUCCAGAUGGUGGCAGAUAAACUCCAAAGACAGGAAGAGGAACGUAUUCAGUGUAGUCCCACCUCACAGAUAGACAACUUGGGAGAGGAGGAGAUGGACACGUCUAUCAGCCACCAUAAACGCAAGACAAUGAAUGACUUUGACUAUUUAAAGUUAUUGGGAAAAGGCACUUUUGGAAAAGUCAUUCUCGUAAGGGAGAAGGCCAGCGGAAAAUAUUAUGCAAUGAAAAUUUUAAAGAAGGAGGUUAUUAUAGCAAAGGACGAAGUGGCCCACACGCUCACAGAAAGCAGAGUACUAAAAAACACGAGACAUCCUUUUUUAACCUCUUUGAAGUACUCGUUCCAAACAAAAGACCGCCUAUGCUUCGUGAUGGAGUAUGUCAAUGGAGGAGAGCUGUUUUUCCAUUUGUCGAGAGAACGGGUGUUCUCCGAGGACCGCACGCGCUUCUACGGCGCCGAGAUCGUUUCCGCCCUCGACUACCUGCACUCUGCCAAGAUAGUGUACCGGGAUCUCAAGCUGGAGAACUUAAUGCUUGAUAAAGAUGGACACAUCAAAAUUACAGACUUUGGCCUCUGCAAGGAAGGAAUCACCGAUGCUGCCACCAUGAAGACCUUCUGUGGGACGCCAGAGUAUCUGGCACCAGAGGUUCUGGAGGACAAUGAUUACGGCCGUGCGGUGGACUGGUGGGGUCUUGGUGUGGUCAUGUACGAGAUGAUGUGUGGCCGACUGCCUUUCUACAAUCAGGACCACGAGAAGCUCUUCGAGCUCAUUCUAAUGGAGGACAUCAAGUUCCCCAGGACGCUUUCAGCUGAUGCCAAGUCCCUGCUGUCAGGUCUGCUCAUCAAAGAUCCCAACAAGAGACUUGGUGGAGGUCCGGAUGAUGCUAAGGAAAUUAUGCGACAUAGUUUCUUUACUGGAAUUGACUGGCAGGAUGUCUAUGACAAAAAGCUGAUACCUCCCUUCAAGCCUCAGGUGUCGUCAGAGACAGAUACCAGAUAUUUCGAUGAAGAGUUCACAGCUCAGACGAUUACAAUAACCCCACCUGAAAAAUUCGAUGAAGAUGGGAUGGAUUGCAUGGACAACGAGCGACGGCCACACUUCCCCCAGUUCUCCUACUCCGCCAGCGGGAGAGAGUGAGCGCCACGCUGCCGAAACUGCCUCAUCCUCAUCAAGGUCACCACUGGAACAAAUUAGGUCUUCAGCUUCUAACAGCCCCGGCCCUGUUGACCCUCCAUCGUCCAUCUUGGUUCUUUCAUUCGUUUAGCUAGACCAAUGGAAACUCCUGAUUAAGGGUGACGGGAAUUUGUACGUGGGGUCGGACCGAGGUCCAGCCCGCUCAAACGUCCUCACAGCUCCAGCCCAAAGGUUGGGUCGAGAUGGGAGAACUUUAGCUGUUUGUUAGGAGUUUUGUAUUUAUUGUGUUUCUCUCUUUUGCUUUGAGAUGUUGCUCCACUUUCCUUUUUCAAUGGGAAAGUGGUAUCAAGUUGUUUGACACAUCCGUUCAGUUCAGAUGAAAACAUAAAACUGCAUGGCUAGAGAUUCACAUGGCUUUUACGAUAUAAAGUUAAAACUGCCAUAAAUGGUUUACUCAGGCUUCACAGAGGAUAUCUGUGUUCACCAGGACUAGCUUUACCCCUCAUCAUUCCACAACACAGUAUUCCUUCAGAUAAAGCCCUGUGAACCUGAGCUAUGCAGUCUAAAACGAAAAUGGUUCCUCAGAUUAUUUCCAAGCUUUAUUUCUUGCAUAUCGCGCCCUAAGAAGAAGCGUCUCAGUGUUUUAUGGAGAAGAUGGCAUGUUUGACUGAUGUGGAAUGUUUUAUGCAGCGAUGAGCAGAAUGAAUUCCCCAAAAGCCCAAACUUUUCACUCAAUAUCGCAAUCAGAGUAUAAGAUAAAAAAACAGCAUUAAUGAAAAGAAUGCAGGAAGCACUGUUUUAUGUUCUAUGAGAAAAAAAAAGUGAUUAAAAAAAAAAAAAUAUAUAUAUAUAUUUAAGCAAAUUUAACUUAUUCUUUUCUUUUUGUUUGUUUGUUCUCUCGUUUAGUAAGAGUGCUUUUUAAGUCUCCUUUUUUGAAUGAAACAAAUGCACCUAAAAAGGCUUACGAAUGUAGACGGGUCAAUGCAAAGGCCUCGGUUUGUUUUGUAAUUUUGUUUUCCCUGAACCGUCGUCUUUUCGCACCCGUGUAGUGUUGUUCUCUAAGGAGUUUGACCCUUCUCAAUAUUGUGAGUGUCCUCAAUCUGACUGUGAUGUUGAAAUGUGUUGCUUGUCUUUCCACCAAUGAAAGGGCUGUAAAAGACCACACCGAUUCAAUCCUCUGGCAGCGGGUUACUGUAUGUGAAAGUCCGCAACGGAGCAGGACACGCGUCCCGUUGUGCUUUGCGUUCGGGCAUUUAAACACAACUCUGCACGUGCUUGUUGUUGCUUCAAGGCAGGAGAGUGAAAAUCAAGGAAUCGUUUUGUUUAAUUGUAGGUAUAGACAAGUUAAAUCAGGGUUUCUGUGGGUCGUAAAAAGUCUAUUGUGGGUCUUUAAAUUUAUGAGUUAUGACAUUAAAAAAAAUUAUGUUUUCCGAUACGCUUAUCUAAACGUCUUUGAUGCUUUUACUUGAAAAGCAAAUGUAAAAUGAAGUCUUAAAAACACAAGUUUAUACUUAUGAAAAAAUCCUUUUAAAUUAAGAUGAUUUCAUUUUUUUUCUCAGCCCGUUGGCAGAUAUUUGUUCUUGUUUUACUUAUUUAGUAGUUGUUAUCUAGUAAAUGAACUGGCUUUUUAAAUUUUAUUAUAUUGUUGUCUGACGUCAACUUAUGAUGUUCGCUUGGUUUUUGCAUUCAAAAACAUCAAACGGAAGAAGUAAUAGGCUAUUUUGUAUCCAAGUUUUGAGCCAUAUUAAGUUUUGAGCAAUAUUUUGUAUUGCUCGGUAGCUUGAUCAUCACGAGGUAGGCUGCGGCAUCUAUGUUAUUUAGCUAUGCGUGUAA